AAUUCAAAAAUUCUAUUCAACUAUUUGUUAGACUGGCAUACCGAAAUAAUUGUGGUGUUGCGUUGACCCACUUUGAAGUCCCACCAAAAAUCAUAGGAAAACGAAAACCUAGUGCCUAUGACUUUGAUGAAUCAAUGGGUGAAAGCAAAAGCCCUCCAAGUUCACCUAGAAUGGCUUCUCACUCUACACAAGAAAUGGAAAAAGAAUACUCAUUGGUAAAGAGAACGAAGAUGAGUAACGAGAAAGAAUUUCCUCUAAGUAAACUUUUAG